AUGCCUCAUGAUAAUGUUGCAGUAGAUGCUGUUACAAUUGUUAUCAAGGAGUGUAUAUCUUUGUCAACCUCUAUGAGAAAGUAUGCAAAGUACUCAGUUCAAUCUGGAGUUGCAGCGUUGCUUGGAGGUGGUAGCGAUAUUUUCAUUAACCAAGAUGCAUCCCUUGCUGGAGCAUUUAACAAUUUAGCAAUUAAUAAGACUAAAGAUCCAUUACUUUCCGGGUUGAUCCAAUUACGAUUGAUGCUUAAUCAUAAGGACAACUUAGACGAUAUUGAUGCUCUUACUGUCCUACAACCAUUUCUUCUGGUAAUUAGUACAUCAUCAACAUCUGGGUACAUUACUUCUUUGGCAUUGGACUCCGUUCAGAAGUUUUUCGCCUUCAAUAUUAUCAACGAGCGCUCCAAGAAUCAUGUUGCGGCCUAUAGACAAACUAUCAACUCUUUGACACAUUGUAAAUUUGAAGGGUCGGAGCACUUGUCAGAUGAUUCUGUUCUUCUCAAGGUUUUGAUUCUUAUUGACUUUAUCAUUCAAUCUCCAGGCGGUGAAAUUCUCUCGGAUUCAUGCGUUUAUGACGUGUUGCAAACAGUAAUGUCAUUAGCGUGCAACAAAAGAAGAAGCGACGUUCUAAGAAAGGCGGCAGAAAUGAGUAUGCUAUCAAUUACAAUCAAAAUAUUUGAUAAACUCAAAAGAUUGGACCCAAGCAAUAAUCACAUUUACAUCAAUGAUCAAGACUUCUCUAAGAAUAUACUAAAGGAUGAUAUCAUAGGUGCUGAAGAUGCAGCAAAUGCUGAUGAUGUUCCAGUAGAAAAUGAGAAACCUUCUACUUUUGAUGAACCUCAAAAACUGGAACCAGACUAUGGUCUCCCAGUGACAAAGGAUUACUUAGACAUUCUAGUCUCUCUCUUAUUACCGGAGAAUCAGCAUAAACAGAACAAUUCUACAAAGGUGUUUGGUCUACAUUUACUGAAUACGGCAAUCGAACUAGCUGGUGAUAAGUUUCCUCAGCACCCUCAACUAUUUUCGCUAGUGUCUGAUCCAAUCUGCAAAAACAUUCUCUAUAUUAUCCAGAAAUCUGACAAAUUGUCACUACUUCAAGCUGCUUUACAGUUAUUUACCAACUUGACCAUAAUUUUGGGUGAUCAUUUGUCGUUGCAGAUUGAAUUUACGAUAGAUUCUAUAUUCAACAUUUUGCUAGACACCAAUGUCUCUGACGAUGUUCCAGCCAGACCUGCUUCUGUUAAAGAAUUAUUAAUUGAACAAAUAUCUAUACUCUGGACAAGAUCACCAUCAUUUUUCACUUCCAUAUUUGUAAAUUUCGACUGCAGUCUGGAAAGAUCUGAUUUAGCAAUUGAAUUUUUGAGUGCUUUAACUCGACUCUCUCUACCUGAGUCUGCUCAAACAACUUCUGAUAGUGUUCCUCCUAUCUGUCUAGAGGGCCUAAUUUCAGUUAUAGAUGAUAUGCAUGACCACGUUGUGAAAUCUGGUGUCAAAGACUUUGUUGAAGAAGAGAUUGAAACAUUGAAGAGAAGAAAUCAGAAAACAGAAUUCAUUAAGUGUGCAGAAGAAUUCAAUAAAAAACCAAAAAAGGGCCUCCCAUUGUUGGUUGAGAAGGGUUUCAUUCCAUCUGAUUCAGAGGAUGAUGUCGCAAAAUUUUUAUUUGAUAAUAACGCACGCUUGAAUAAGAAAACAAUUGGUGAGUAUAUCGCAGCCCCAGAAAAUGUUUCCUUACUUUCAAAAUUCAUUGGUCAGUUCGAUUUCUCUGGUCUUAGAAUCGACGAGGCAAUUAGAGCUCUUCUAACUAAAUUCCGAUUACCAGGUGAGUCUCAACAAAUUGAAAGAGUUGUCGAACAAUUUUCAGCUAAGUACGUGGAGGAUCAACAUUAUGAUCCAGAAAGGGAUGGACUAAAUAUCGAAGGUGACUAUUCUACAAUUCAACCUGAUGCAGACUCUGUAUUUGUCUUGUCUUAUUCUGUGAUCAUACUGAAUACUGACUUUUACAAUCCACAAGUUAAGAAACAUAUGACUUUUGAAGACUAUACUCUUAACUUGAGGGGUUGUAACAACCAAAAAGAUUUCCCUCUUUGGUAUCUAGAUAAGAUCUACUGCUCCAUUAGAGACAAAGAAAUUGUUAUGCCAGAAGAGCAUCAUGGCAGUGAACGCUGGUUUGAUGAUUCGUGGAACAAUUUGAUAGCAGCUACCACAGUAGUAACAGAGUCUCACGAUACAAGUCGGUCAGAAGGUUAUAUCCACUCUUUAUCACCAAACCAACUAAUUCAAUUUGAUAAAGCAAUUUUUGAAGUCGUAGGUCCAUCAAUUAUAGAAACACUAUUCAAAAUAUUCGAUAUUGCUUCUGAUGAUCAUAUCGCCACAAGAGUACUUACUACAUUGGACAAAUGUUCUCAAAUUUGUUCACUUUUCAGACAAAGAGAUAUGUACAAUGAAAUCAUCGAAACAAUGGCCAAAUUCACGACUUUGACUGGAGAAAGAAAACCAAGAGAUGAUUCUUAUGUUGACGAGAUUCCAGUUGUUCAAAUCGAUAUCGAAGAUUCCAAAGAAAGUAUUUCUGUGAGUAAUACUGCUAUUGUCUUAGGCAACGAUUUUAAGGGACAGCUAUCUACCGUAGUUUUAUUCAGGGUUUUGAAGCAAAAUAUUAAUACCGAGCUCAUCUCAGAACAAACAUGGAAUAAAAUUGUCGACAUACUUCUCUGCUUAUAUGAGAAUAUGUUGAUAUCUCCAGAUAUUUUCCCAGACUUGCAAAACAGGUUGAAGCUAUCGAACUUACCUAAGUGUAAGCCAGAUAUCUUGGUCAACAAGUCGAACUCAAAUAGAGGUCUUCUAUCUACUUUUGCUUCUUAUUUGAAAGGUGACGAGGAACCUUCAGACGAAGAAAUACAAGCUUCUACGAAAGCCAUGGAAUGUAUCAAGGCCAGUAAUGUUGCAGGAUCGCUAUUUGGCAACGAUAAGAAUGUUAGUAGCACAUUAAUCAAUGUUUUAUUAAAUCAUAUUAAGACUGAAGUGAAUGAUGAUAACAAACGUUUCUUUGAACCAGAGCUAUUAUUCCUCAUGGAAUUAAGCGUGUCUCUAUUCCUAUUUUCGAAAGAUGACAAAGCUACGGGUAAGGCACUAUUGGACAAAAUAUCAGCAAUAUGUGAAACUGUUCUGCUUUCUAAGCCAGCUGCAGUGAGGUUAGUUUCCUACAGUCUUCUAAUCAUAUCUGUUUUAGAAGACCAAGAUUACCUAUUAAAGGUUAUUAAUUCACAGUUGUUAGCUAAAAACGAAGUCUUUGACGAUGCUGUUCUUAAAAGUAAAGCAGGCAUUAGAAUCGUUGAUUGGUUGCUAAAUUUAGCCGAAAUUCCAAAUUACCAGGGUGUAUUACUAGGUGAUGAAGGCUUUUGGAAGUUAUUGAGAAAAUAUGCUUCCUUAGGUGAACCAUGCAAGUUGAUUUAUGGAUACCUCGACAAUUAUUUGUUCAAACAAAAGGAUUUGAUAACUGAUGUCAAUUUUAUGUGGGUUUUGGGCCUAUUUGAUGAAAUAUCUUCUGUAGGAGCAAUUGGUAGUCAGUGGGAGGAGCAAUAUGAAAAUCUCGUAAAAACUGGACACAAGGUGGAUCAAGAAAAUCCUUACCAAGACAUAGUGGAUUCUUCUAUACAAUCUAUUAAUUUAACCGCUCGUCUUUUAGAGAAGAAACCAUCAAUAUCCAAAAGUGAAAUUGUUGCUAUUGUACAGGCACUAUCUCAUCAAUGUUUCAAUCCAUGCCGCCACAUACGUUCUCAUGCAUUGAAUACGCUUGAAAACUUGCUUUUAGAACUAUUGGUACCAUUUGUUGAUGACACCAUUACUUUAUCUAACCUAAUUGAUAUGGGGUUAUAUCCGCUAACUAAUGAGCUCGAAUCUAGUGCCAAUAAUGUUGUUUCCUUGAAGAGUUUCUUAUCAUUACUAUCGAAAAUGUACUUGAACUAUCUUGCUUUGGAUAAAGCAGACAAUGAAACUUAUUUGCAGGUCUUGGGCAUAUUUAACAAGUAUGUUGAAAAUGAGGAAGUCGAAAAGCAACUUCAAGACAUGAUAACAAAAAAACGUGAAAUUGAGAAGAAGGAAGGUACACCAAGCCUGGCUGCUGAUCAAGUACCUGCUUGA